AAAAGCCAAGGCGCUGGCCUGUCUGUGCGUGCGCAGCGCAGCCCCGGAAGCGCUUUUGCCCGGCGUCCGCCGAGCCGGAACUGUGUGUGCGCGGCACGCCCCUGCGGACAUGGCGGCUGAGGCGCCUCGGUCCCAGGCUGUCCCCGGGCCCGGGCGGCUGCUGCUCCUCCUCGCGGCGGCCUCAGUGCCACUUGCCCGGGCCCAGGGAGACGAGUUCCGGCCGGGCCAAUGGGGGGCGGCGGCGGCAGGGGGCGGGGCGACGGCAGCGGCUCAGGGUCGCAGAUAUCUCCUGUAUGACGUCAACCCUCCAGAGGGCUUCAACCUGCGGAGGGAUGUGUACAUCCGCGUGGCGUCUCUGCUGAAGACCCUGCUGCGGACAGAGCCGUGGGUGCUGGUGCUGCCACCUUGGGGCCGGCUCUACCACUGGCAGAGCCCGGACAUCCGCCAGGUGCGCAUCCCCUGGGCAGACUUCUUCGACCUUCCGAGCCUGGGCAAGAACAUCCCCGUCCUCGAGUACGAGCAGUUCAUGGCAGAGUCCGGCGGCCCCUUUAUCGAGCAGGUGUACGUCCUCCAGGGCUACGCGGAAGGAUGGAAAGAGGGCACCUGGGAGGAGAAGGUUGACGAGCGGCCGUGCAUCGACCAGCUCCUGUACUCCCGGGACAAGCACGACUACUACCGGGGCUGGUUCUGGGGUUACGAAGAAACGAGGGGCCUCAGGGUGUCCUGCCUGUCCGUGCAAGGCUCCGCUUCCGUCAUCGCCCCCGUGCUGUUGAGGAAUACGUCAGCCCGAUCCGUGAUGCUGGACCGUGCCGAAAACCUGCUUCACGACCACUACGGAGGGAAGGAGUACUGGGACACCCGCCGGAGCAUGGUGUUUGCCCAGCACCUUCGUGCCGUGGGAGACGACUUUAGAAGCAAGUACUUGAACUCCACCGACGAGGCAGACAAGAUGCCUUUCGCCGAAGACUGGACCCAAAUGAAGGUAAAGCUGGGCACCUCCCUGGGGGGCCCUUACCUGGGCGUCCACCUGCGGAGGAAGGAUUUUAUCUGGGGUCACAGAGAAGACGUGCCUAGCCUGCAGGGAGCGGUGAAGACCAUCCGGAGCCUCAUGGAGACCCACAAGCUGACCAGGGUCUUUGUAGCCACAGACGCGGUUAGGAAAGAGGCCGAGGAGCUCAAGAGGCUGCUUCCUGAAAUGGUGAGAUUUGAGCCUACCUGGGAGGAGCUGGAGCUCUAUAAAGAUGGUGGUGUGGCCAUCAUUGACCAGUGGAUCUGUACCCAUGCCCGCCCCCCAGGGAUCAGAACAUGGAAAAUGGCUGAGUCAAAUGUGCCACAAGGAGAGGGUGGCCCCAGGAUAGUCAGGAAGGGACAGAGGAGAGAGGGUGGGUGCAUGUGUGUGCACACAUGUGUGAAGCCAUGCAUAGCUCAUGGCCACGUGUGCUGUCGUCCUCCCUCCCUCGGCAGAGUCUUCAUUGGCACCUCCGUGUCCACGUUCUCCUUUCGGAUUCACGAGGAAAGAGAAAUUCUGGGCCUGGACCCAAAAACGACUUACAACAGGUUUUGUGGGGACCAAGAACAACAGUGUGAGCAGCCGACUCACUGGAAGAUUGCCUACUGAGGAGGCCCUGCCCGGCCCCUCAUGGUGCCCCCUGCCUGUGCCCCUGGCCCUGGGGAGGGCAGAUCCGGCUGUCCCUUGGCAGCGAAGUCCCGGAGAGGAGCCGCAAGCUUAGACUUCAGUGGAAUCUUUGCUAGAAACGUGCUUGGCUGGUGGUCAGCUACGGAUGCCACUCCCGUGGCCUCCGUUUACAAGGAAGCCUUCCCUCGAUUUGGGAGUCUCCGGCUACGGCCUGGUUGGCCCAUUUCAGGGUCAGAGGCCUUUCUCGAGCCAAGGUCCAGGGGAGGCAGGAAUUUCCAGGACGGCUGGGAAGGUUUCACAAGCGCUUUGUCCAGCUUUCAAGUCCCAGUUUAACCUCGAUAAAGAAAGCGAUAUUGAGUGUGGGCAGCCCUGUGGAGGACUCAGGCCAUUACUGACCAAAGAGCCCAAUUCUCCCCUUCCCGUCUGGACCCAAAAGCCAAGUCGGGUGGGCUCUGAGAAGAACAGCCAUGGCCCAGCUCUCCAUGACUCGGGCCUCGACCCGAGCAGCCACUCCUGACCGGGUGACACGACUGCAGGGCCACGUGGCCCCUGGGAGAAGAGCAUUCAUUCCCCGAAUCCGUGUCUUUCUGAGGACCCAAUAUUGCUGGCUCCCACCCAAAUGCAGCCUCUGGGGGGGUUCUGGGCCAUCGGAUCCCGCUGCAGUGGUCUGAGGCCCUCGAAUGUGAGAGGCCAGGCCGGGGCUGCGCUUCUCCAUUUCUCAGCUGACCUCUUGCCCGUUCUUGGUCUGGCAGCGUCCCUGGACUUGUGCCAUCAGGAACCGUUCUACCAAAGACAAUGCCCCCCGCCACAGGCCCGGGCAGACCCCCACCAGGCUUGGAGGCCUGUGGCUCGUUCCUUUCUGGGACAGACGCUUUAGAGAUCAUCUCCUGGGAGGGGGUCUGAGGGCAGAGAAGGGCAGGGGAGGAGGAGCCGCCCCAGGCGGCCCACGUCCAGGGCAGCCGUGAAGGCUCAACGCCCAGCACCCGGAGCUGGGCUGCCUGUCCCUCGGCUGCCCGCGCCCGCACAGUGUUCAUUGGCUCCCACACAGGAAGUCGGGUGUCAGGAGGGCCCUUUUCUCCUUUAGCUGUGGACCUGUGCAGGAAGCCGUGGAGCCCAUCGGUACCUCGGCCUCUAAGGAAAAUAAAAUGCUUUGUGGCA